CACCUCUCCCUUCCUUCUCGGUCUUCUGGGUAGAGUCAAGGAGGGGAUCUGUAUUGUUUACCUUCCGUGGAGGGAUCUGGAUUGUUUCCCAGGCUCUAAAAGUUACAGCGGUUCUUUUCUCAAUAAAUAAGAGGCCAGUAAGGAAUUCACUGGACUUCAGAAGGCGAAAAAGGCGCUCUUUAAACCUCCUUUGAGAAAAAAAAAAGAAAGGACAGGUUAAGUUUCUUCAGUUUGCUUGGAGAACCGGCAGAGGUUUCCUGAGAUGGAUCUAGCCUCGGCGCAGCAUGCGGUGCUGGAACUCCUAGGAGCUGUGUCUACCACGGACCUUGCUGCGCUUCUAGACUGGAUGCGAACUACGCGAGAUUUUGAUGAAUUCAUUCACGAUAAUAAUGACAUUAUAUUGAAAAACAUUGCAGAAGAUCUUCGGAAUUGCUUACCCCUAGAAACCAUGCUUUCCUCGGAGCAAGUAGCCAUUCAGAAAAUAAAGCAGCAAUCAGAGCCCAUAAUUCACAUUGAUGCUUUCCUUUAUGAUGAUGACUUUAUUGAUUCAUUGUGCGAGAAAGGAAGAAUGAGUAGAAACUAUUGCAUGGUGUGCGGGUCACACCAGACUGCACCUUUAGGUUUUAUUUCUCAUUCCUUCUCCCCUUUGGAACUGAAGUUCAUUUAUCAGCAUGUGCUCCCGGAUCUGUCUGGAAAGGUCUUGGUUGAUGUUGGUUCCAGGCUUGGUCCAGUCCUUUUUGUGGGUUAUCUUUACAGCUCAGCAUUGCAACUACAUGGAGUAGAAAUGAAUCAAGAUUUUUGCCAGUUGCAAGAAAUGAUCAUUGCCAAAUACAAGUUUACUGAUAGAAUAAAGGUACAUCAUGCAGAUAUAUGUACUCAAGCUUCACUUCUUCAAAAUGCUGAUGUUGUUAUAAUGAACAAUGUUUUUGAAUAUUUUCUUGACAGAUCAGAACAAUCCAGAGCCUGGGAAUAUAUCAGCCAUAAUGUAAGGAAAAAAGGAACCUUAUUAGUAACAGUCCCAAGUCUUAAAGAAUGUCUCUCAAAUCUACAGGUGACUAUACAUCUGAACCAGUGGGUUGAAGAAGUGCAAUUGAACUAUAAUGUAUAUGCAGAAAAAGACAUUGAUAGAGAAGCACUUGAACAAAUUCAUUUGUAUAAGAUUGUUUAGAAUUAAGAUUGACUUUUAUUUUUUAAUAUGUGAUAAUUAAAACAUUUAUUUACAGUUUGA